GACCUCUCCAUCCCCUUCUUCCAUUCUUUACUUUCUCUAUAUAUCCCUGUCCAUCCUGUACCCUAUCGUCUCUCUAUCAAUAGAUCAGUCUUUCUCUCUCUCACUCCCUCUUUCUCUCUCUCAAAUAAACAAACAAAAUGGUGCAAUCAAAGAAGUUCAGAGGUGUCAGGCAGCGUCACUGGGGAUCUUGGGUCUCAGAAAUUCGCCACCCCUUACUGAAGAGAAGGGUGUGGUUAGGCACAUUUGAGACAGCUGAGGAGGCAGCCCGAGCCUACGAUGAAGCAGCUGUUUUGAUGAGUGGCCGAAAUGCCAAAACCAAUUUCCCAAUUUCUACCACUCAAACUAAUACUAAUACUACUACUACUGCUGCCGCCGCCAUGGCCGUCGGAUCAGACCCCAGAGGUAGUUCGAGCGACUUGGACCAUUCGCUAUCCGAGCCGAAGGGUUUAUCAGAAAUCUUACAUGCCAAGCUCAGGAAAUGCACCAACCUUCCAUCUCCAUCCAUGACCUGCUUGAGGCUCGACAAUGAGAGCUCUCACAUUGGAGUCUGGCAAAAGCGAGCAGGUCAACGCUCUGAUAAUUCCAACUGGGUCAUGACUGUUCAGCUUGGCAAGAAGAAGAACAGUAAUAACACUAACGCUGCUGAUGAUCAUGGCCAAAGUAUUUCAUCAUCAUCACCGUUGAUAAUGUCGACUUCUGAGUCAUCAGCGUCAACGUCAUCAGCGAGGGCGCCGGAACUCAUAGCCGAGAUGGAUGAAGAAGAGAAAAUUGCACUGCAGAUGAUAGAGGAGCUGCUUAACAGAAAUUGUCCAAGUCCUAGUAAUUCUUCAUUUGGCAUUCAACCAGGGGAGGAAAGCUUUUAUCUGUAGUUCUACUAGUCUUAAUUUUUUUAAUUACUAGCUAUAUAUAUAU